AUGUUGAGAUCUUUUGGGCGUUCUGUAUUCAGCAGGCAAAGGCUAGUUGGAGCCGUUGCACGCAGAGGCUAUGCAACAGCAAAAGUGGCAUUCGAUGUGCCACUAGAAACACACACAGACUUACAGAAGGCGAAUGAGGAUUUAGCACAGGCCAGGUCGAAUUCUGCGGAGGUUAUCGAAUCAGGCUCCACCGCUUUGAAACACGCAUAUCAGGAAAAUACAGGCUUUGGCACCCGCCCCAUCUACCUUGACAUGCAGGCCACGACACCUACUGACCCCCGGGUUCUCGACACCAUGCUAAAGUUCUAUACAGGGCUUUAUGGAAAUCCGCACUCCAAUACCCAUAGCUAUGGAUGGGAAACAAACAAGGAGGUGGAAACGGCGCGCAAGCACAUUGCUGACGUUAUCAACGCAGAUGUCAAAGAAAUAGUCUUCACAUCUGGAGCCACUGAAUCAAACAAUAUGGCCUUGAAGGGCGUCUCCAGGUUUUACAAGAAAACAAAGAACCACAUCAUUACAACGAGAACGGAACAUAAGUGUGUCCUAGAGGCGGCAAGGGCAAUGAAAAAUGAGGGUUAUGACGUGACGUUUUUAAACGUUGAUGAGUAUGGUCUCGUGGACUUGAAGGAACUUGAAGCAGCGAUUAAACCUACAACUUGUCUGGUAUCUGUUAUGGCAGUAAACAACGAGAUUGGAGUCAUGCAACCUAUCAAGGAGAUUGGUGCUAUUUGCAGGAAGAAUAAGGUUUUUUUCCACACUGACGCCGCCCAGGCUUAUGGAAAAAUACCACUAGAUGUUAACGACAUGAACAUCGAUCUUCUUUCGAUUUCCUCACAUAAAAUUUACGGUCCAAAAGGUAUGGGCGCCUUGUUUGUUAGAAGAAGGCCCAGAGUUAGACUGGACCCUAUUAUUUCCGGCGGCGGCCAAGAGAGAGGCUUGAGGUCUGGGACUUUGGCUCCUUCUUUGGUUGCAGGGUUUGGUGAAGCAGCACGACUAGUGAAGCAAGAGUACGAAACUGACAUAGAUCAUGUCAAAAGGCUUUCUGAAAAGCUGACGAAAGGUCUUUUGGCUAUUGAACACACGUCUCUAAACGGCUCUCCAGACCACCGUUACCCAGGUUGCGUCAAUGUAUCCUUUGCUUAUGUGGAAGGAGAAUCCUUGUUAAUGGCUCUUAGAGACAUCGCACUAAGCUCGGGCUCUGCCUGUACUUCGGCUUCACUUGAGCCGUCGUAUGUACUACAUGCACUAGGAAAAGACGAUGCCAUGGCACAUUCCUCCAUCAGAUUCGGGAUAGGUAGAUUUACGACGGACGAGGAAAUCGACUAUGUCAUUAAGGCUAUCACAGAAAGAGUUGAGUUCUUGAGAGAGCUUUCGCCUCUGUGGGAGAUGGUCAAGGAGGGUAUUGACUUGAACUCUAUCGAGUGGUCUGGUCAUUAG